AUGUCUUUGAAUCAGGCAUCUGAAAAUUCGCUCUUGGUAGAGCCAAGUGCGCAGGUCCCGGCUGAUGGGACGGGCGUAAUCCAGCUUGACCCGUGGCUGUCGCCUUUCAAGGAUGCAUUACGUCACAGGUUCAGUCGUGCCCAGGAUUGGAUCAAACAAAUCAACGAUACCGAAGGUGGUCUUGAGAAGUUUAGCAGGGGUUAUGAACACUUCGGUUUCAACGUCAAGGAUAAUGGAGACAUUGUUUACCGCGAGUGGGCUCCGAAUGCCGUGCAGGCCAAUCUGAUUGGCGACUUUAAUGGCUGGGACCGCAAUGCAACACCAUUGACAAAGAAUGAUUUCGGCGUUUGGGAAUUGACUUUGCCUGCAAAGAAUGGUCAGCCCGCUAUCCCCCACAACUCGAAGCUAAAGAUUUCAAUGGUCAUUCCUUCAGGAGAGCGAAUUGAGAGAAUUCCAGUGUGGAUCACCCGUGUCACCCAAGAUCUUUCAGUCUCGCCCGUCUACGACGCAGUCUUCUGGAACCCGCCCAAGUCCGAACGAUAUGUAUUCAAACACCCGAGACCCCCGAAGCCCGCGAGCGCUCGUAUUUACGAAGCUCAUGUCGGAAUCUCUUCGCCUGAGCCAAAGGUGGCUACAUACAAGGAGUUUACCAGAGAUGUGCUUCCUCGAAUUCGCAGCUUGGGCUACAAUGUGAUCCAGCUCAUGGCGAUCAUGGAGCAUGCAUACUACGCUAGUUUUGGCUACCAGAUCAACAGUUUCUUUGCGGCCAGCAGCCGCUACGGAACUCCUGAUGAUCUCAAAGAGCUCAUCGACACUGCCCACGGCAUGGGCAUAACCGUACUGCUUGAUGUGGUACACAGCCAUGCCUCCAAGAAUACACUGGAUGGUCUGAACAUGUUUGAUGGAUCAGACCACCUCUACUUCCACGAAGGCGCCAAGGGUCGCCAUGAGCUGUGGGACAGUCGUCUCUUCAACUAUGGACACCACGAAGUUUUGCGUUUUCUGUUGAGCAACCUUCGAUUCUGGAUGGAGGAAUACCAGUUUGAUGGCUUCAGAUUCGAUGGUGUGACGAGCAUGCUCUAUACUCAUCACGGCAUUGGAACCGGCUUUUCUGGCGGAUAUCACGAAUACUUUGGCUCGAGCGUGGACGAAGACGGAGUGGUGUAUCUUAUGCUGGCCAACGAGAUGCUCCACGACCUCUAUCCUGACUGCAUCACGAUUGCAGAAGAUGUCUCUGGCAUGCCAGCUCUUUGUGUCAAGCUUUCCCUCGGCGGCAUUGGCUUUGACUACCGUCUGGCCAUGGCCAUUCCUGACUUGUACAUCAAAUGGCUCAAGGAGAAGGAAGAUGAAGAGUGGGACAUGGGGGCGCUCUGCUUCACCCUCACCAAUCGGCGACACGGCGAAAAGACUAUUGCCUAUGCCGAAAGUCACGAUCAAGCCCUUGUUGGUGACAAGACCUUGCUCAUGUGGCUCUGCGAUAAGGAGAUGUACACUCACAUGUCCAUUCUUACAGAAUUCACCUCUGUGAUAGAGAGAGGUAUGGCUCUGCACAAGAUGAUCCGCCUAAUCACACAUGGACUCGGCGGAGAAGGCUAUCUUAACUUUGAGGGCAAUGAAUUUGGCCAUCCCGAAUGGCUGGAUUUCCCGCGUGAGGGCAACAACAAUAGCUUCUGGUACGCACGCCGCCAGUUCAACUUGACGGAUGAUCACCUCCUCCGGUACAAAUUCCUCAACGACUUUGACGGAAAGAUGCAAUGGACCGAAGAAAAGUACGGAUGGCUUCACUCGCCCCAGGCGUAUAUUAGCUUGAAGCACGAGGGAGACAAGGUCAUUGUGUUUGAGCGUGCCGGUCUCUUGUGGAUUUUCAACUUCCAUCCGUCCCAGAGCUUCGCCGAUUACCGUGUUGGCGUCGAAACGGCUGGCACGUACAAAAUUGUAAUCAAUUCGGACAGUCCUGCAUUUGGUGGUCUCAAUCGUAUCGACGAGAGCACUAGAUACUUUACAACGCCAUUUGAAUGGAAUGGACGAAAGAAUCAUACCCAUGUAUUUGGUCAAUUUUUUGUGUUGGUUGAGGGUGUUGAGGUUUUGCUGACACGGUCGCUCUUUAACAGCGGAAUCGCUCGGUCUAUCCGGACCACUCCUUUCCUGCGGCCCACGGCUGCUCGCCGGGCUAUCAACCCCGUCGUCAAGAGCAAUGCUCUGCCCGCUCUGAGCGCCCGGUUCGCCAGCACCGACGCUGCCCGUGAUGGCAAGAUUCACCAGGUCAUUGGUGCCGUCGUCGAUGUGAAAUUCGAGACUGAGCAGCUCCCUUCGAUCCUGAACGCCCUGGAGACUGAGAACAACGGCCAGAAGCUGGUCUUGGAGGUCGCUCAACACUUGGGUGAGAAUGUCGUCCGUACUAUUGCCAUGGAUGGUACCGAGGGUCUCGUUCGUGGAUCCAAGGCCACUGACACUGGCGCCCCCAUUAUGAUUCCCGUCGGCCCUGGCACUCUCGGUCGUAUCAUCAACGUCACUGGCGACCCCAUUGACGAGCGUGGCCCCAUCAAGGCCGUCAAGAAGCUCCCCAUCCACGCCGACCCUCCGGAGUUCAUUGAACAGUCCACUGCCGCUGAGGUCUUGGUCACUGGUAUCAAGGUCGUCGACCUGCUUGCCCCCUACGCUCGUGGUGGAAAGAUUGGUCUCUUCGGUGGUGCCGGUGUCGGCAAGACUGUGUUCAUUCAGGAGUUGAUUAACAACGUUGCCAAGGCCCACGGUGGUUACUCCGUCUUCACUGGUGUCGGUGAGCGUACUCGUGAGGGUAACGACUUGUACCACGAAAUGCAGGAGACUGGUGUCAUCCAGCUCGACGGUGACUCCAAGGUCGCCCUGGUGUUCGGUCAGAUGAACGAGCCCCCGGGAGCUCGUGCCCGUGUCGCCUUGACUGGUCUGACUGUUGCUGAGUACUUCCGUGACGAGGAGGGUCAGGACGUGCUUCUCUUCAUUGACAACAUUUUCCGUUUCACCCAGGCCGGUUCUGAGGUGUCUGCCUUGCUUGGUCGUAUCCCCUCUGCCGUCGGUUACCAGCCCACUCUUGCCGUCGACAUGGGUGUCAUGCAGGAGCGUAUCACCACCACCCAGAAGGGUUCCAUUACCUCGGUGCAGGCCGUCUACGUCCCUGCUGACGACUUGACUGACCCUGCCCCCGCCACCACUUUCGCCCACUUGGACGCCACCACUGUGUUGUCUCGUGGUAUCUCUGAGUUGGGUAUCUACCCGGCCGUCGACCCUCUUGACUCCAAGUCUCGUAUGCUGGACCCCCGUAUCAUUGGUGAGGACCACUACAACACUGCCACCCGUGUGCAGCAGAUGCUCCAGGAGUACAAGUCGCUCCAGGACAUUAUUGCCAUUUUGGGUAUGGACGAGUUGUCUGAGGCGGACAAGCUCACCGUCGAGCGUGCCCGUAAGCUGCAGAGAUUCUUGUCCCAGCCUUUUGCCGUCGCCCAGGUCUUCACUGGUAUCGAGGGUAAGCUGGUCGACCUCAAGGACACCAUCCGCUCGUUCAAGGCUAUCAUGAACGGUGAGGGUGAUGACCUUCCUGAGGGUGCUUUCUACAUGGUUGGUGACUUUGAGUCUGCCCGUGCCAAGGGUGAGAAGAUUCUUGCCGAGUUGGAGAAGUCUUCUUAG